GUAAACCAGUUAGUCGCCCCACAGAGUAGAACGCGUGAACAGCUGGACUGCGUUUCGUGUGCGCUGAAUAUCAAUUAAAAUUCAAACGGCUUUUGUGUUCACAAAAUACUUCGCAUAACGGGCACAAGAGUAAACACACAAAAUAAAAUAAAAUUUAACAAAUUCGAAGCAAAAGCCGGACCCAAAGCCGAAGCCGAAGCCUAAGUGAAGUGCAGUGUGAGAAGAGUAGAAGAUAAAACGCAAAUGCAGUGUACUAAAGUAAAAGAGAACACUAAGAGAUAUAUGCAAAGAUAAAAAUAUCAGCUAAAUAAAAUAUGCAAAUCUGUUGAGCAUAGCGCAUAAUACAGUUAUUGAACACGGGAGAGACAGAGCUCACAAGUUUUGUGCAACGGAUAACUAGAACUAAAACCAAAUGACUAUGACUUCCACCGUGCUGCAGCGUCCAACAACAACACCAACGGUGGAAAAACAAGCUACAAAAGCAACACCAACAACAACAAGAAGAAAUCGCUCUACGAUGGCCUGGUCCCAUGAGAAAUUACGUUUCUCAUGCAUCGACAACAUUGGCCUGAAGCAGCUAUGGAAACUGAUUGCAUUGGAUACGGCAACGCCGCCAGCCGAAAAGUCUGGCAAUGUAGAGCACCACCAGCCAAAAACAACCAGCAACAGCAACAAUCACACCAACACUGAGCGCCUAGCGAUACCCUACGAUAACUGCGACAACUUGGCCGACUAUUUGAGCCUGCAAAGAGGAGUCGCUCAGGCCCGAUUCGUGGAGCCAUCGACGCCCACGACACAGCAGCACAUGUCGCUGCUCAAGUUCUUGGCCAUUAACGCUUUGGAGCUGAGCGCACCUGCCACGCCCUUGCUGCUGGAACAUCAACAUACGCAAUACAAGCCACACGGCUGGAUGCAGCUCUCCGGACAUCCCGAAAGCAUCGUGCCUACCUCGACGGGCAUUGUGCGCAAACGGAUCGCUGGGAUUGAGGACAGCGAAGUAUUGGCCUAUCAGCAGAUCUCGCAGGAGCCGAAGACGUUGCAGAUAGUGCCCGCGUAUUUUGGAUUGCGGGAACUGCAAACGCAGCAUUAUAUCGAACUGCAGGAUCUGUUGGCAGGCUUCAAAGAUCCGUGUGUGAUGGAUAUUAAGCUUGGAACUCGCACCUUUCUCGAAUCGGAGGUCAGCAACCAGACCUUGCGUCCGGAUUUGUAUCAGAAAAUGAUAGCUGUUGACGCAAGUGCACCGACGCCCGCGGAGCACGAGGCACAGGCGGUUACGAAGCUGCGCUACAUGCUCUUCCGCGAGUCGUUGUCGUCGUCGCACAGCAAAGGCUUUCGCAUUGAGGCGUUGCGACUACGUGGACGUGCACCUCUGAAGGAUCUCAAGACGUGCCGCAGCAGCGAGCAAAUCUCACAGACUAUCGAACAGUUUCUUGCCGCACGCAGAUCCGUGCAAAAGGAACUUCUGAAGCGAUUGAAGCACAUGCGCCUGGUCAUCGAACAGUCGGCGUUCUUCAAUCGCCAUGAAAUAAUUGGCUCAAGUUUGUUUAUUGUGUAUGAUGAUCACCGCAUGGGCGCUUGGCUGAUAGAUUUUGCCAAGUCCAGACAGCUGCCGCCACACCUGUGCGUCAAUCAUCGCAGUCCCUGGCAGCCAGGCAAUCGAGAGGAGGGUCUGCUCCAUGGCAUGGAUGAGCUGAUCCAUGCCUUCGAGGAGGUCUAUGCGCGCAGCGGUAGCCACCGCAGCUGCUUGAAAAUCUGAGUAACGAGUUCCCAGUGUCAACAUGUACCACAUGUUACGCAUUUGCCCCAGCCACGCCCACCUACAGGCACAUAAGACUGAUUUGCAUGUCUCCCAGAAAGUGGAAGAGGAGGAAACAGAGAGCAUUUUGACUAUUUUCCAUAUUGGAAGCAAACGAUAAGCGCCAGAUCUAUACAUCACAUAUGUAGAUAUAAAUAUAUAUAUAUCUAUAUAUUGAUAUAAAUAUAUAUAUAUAUAAAAUAUAGUAUGUAUAUAGAAAGAACGAUUAGUAUUGAGCACCAAG